CAACAUGGCGAACUGUUGUCAAUGUGUAGGCUAUGGUAACAGAUAAACUUCAUUGAAGAAAUUUAGCUGCUUCGUUACGUAAAUUUAAAUGAAAGUAUGACCUCCAAAGAUGUCCACAGACCCCACGAUAGUUCCGUGUGCGAUUCCGCUAAGCUUGCGGAUAACAGCGAGGAUGAAGGUGAUGAUAGCGAUACGGGGUCCACGGGAUCUGCAUCAAGUUACAGUCAGUCCGACUACUCCGAUGACCUUGAGCCGGAAUGGCUGGACGAUGUCCAGAAGAACGGGGAGCUGUUUUACCUGGAGCUCAGCGAGGGCGAGGAGGAGGCGGCAUUGGCCCACGCCGGCGCCCUGCAGGGGCUCCCCACCAAUCACGUGCGCUUCAGCGACAAGGAGGCGGAGGUGAUCACGGACGGCGGGAAGCACAAGGAGAAGGGCAAGGCGGAGCACAAGCUGAAGAAGCUGGCCAAGAUCCUGAGGAAGAAGCGGCCCUCGCAGCGGCGGGCAGAGGGGAGCUGGGGCGCGGGGUCGGGGGGCCAGGCCCACCCUCCCCACCCCACCUCCAUCCUGAAGAACCAGGUGGGGCAGCGGCCGGGCGUGGUGGUCCAGCAGCGGCUCCUCAAGGAGGUGUACGUGUACCUGAACCCCAAAAGGCUGGGGAGCUGCUCGCCUCCCCUGGGGAAGGGCGGGCUGCUAGAGGCGCUGGUGGGCCUGGUGCACCGCCCCGCCUGGGGGAAGGGAGAGGGAGGGGGCGUGGGGCAGCAAGAGGAGCGGCUCACCGUCCACGGCCUGGUGCCCAGCAGUCCUGCCAUCAAGUGCGCCCAGAUCCUGAUUGGUGAUGUUCUUGUUGCUGUUGACGAUGUGGACGUGACAUCAGAGAACAUUGAAAGAGUGCUUUCCUGCAUCCCUGGUCCAAUGCAGGUGAAGCUGACGCUGGAGACGGUCUCCCCGGGCGAGGCUCCGGGCCCGGCCCCCCCCGGCGGCGGGCCCUCCCCCCCCGUCAGUCAGCUGGUGAAGCUGCUGUGGGGCGGGGACGCCGUGGAGCUGCAGAUGUCCAUCGGCCACGUGCCCCACAUCGUCAUGUACCUCACCCUCAGGCUGGACUCGGAGUCCUCCAGGGAAGACCAGGAGAUUCUGUACCAGUACCCGGUGUCUGAGGCCUCCCUCCAGCUGAAGGGGGUGAGGGGCAUAUUCCUCACUCUGUGUGACAUGCUGGAGAACGUCACGGGGGGGCAGAUCAUCAGUUCCUCCCUGCUGCUGAGUAAGCAACUGGUCCACGUGGGCUACUGGAAGGAUGGAGACAACCUCCUGGUGCUUGGUCUUCCCGCUGAAAGAGUUCCGCUCUUGCAUCUGAAAACCGUCAUCGGGGGAGUGGUCCGGACAUUGCGAGUGAUGUACGGCUCCCUGGACAGGGCGUUCUGCGAGUCGGAGAACGGGCCGAGGCUGGACCACUUCUUCUGCCUGCUCUUCCAGCAGCUGAUCCAGCCCUCCCGGCUGAGUGACAGCCCCGGGGCCCCGCCCCCUGACGCGUCCAGCACGCUCUUCCUGGACGGGCUGCCCGCGGUCCGCUGGCUGACCCUCCCCCCCGAGAUCAAGGUGGAAAUUGACACUGUUCUGUCUGAUUUUGAGUCGUCCGAUUUUGGAGAAAUGUCGGAGGACUUCUUUGGCAUGCGCCGGCUGUACGUCACGCUGGGCUCCUGUCUGUUCUACAAGGGAUACCUGAUAGCCAACCACCUGGCGAAGGAGGACCUGCUGGACGUGUCUCUGUACUGCCAGCACUACUGCCUCCUGCCCCUGGCGUGUGAGCAGCGGAUCGGUCAGCUGGUCAUCUGGAGGGAGGUGUUCCCCCAGCGCCGCGCCACGCCCGGCCCCCGCGCCGCGGGGGGGGGCUACUGCGAGCCCCAGGGCCGCUACUUCCUCCUCAUCGUGGGACUGAGGCACUUCAUGCAGUGCGUGCUGCUGGAGGCGGGGGGCUGCGCGGCCCCGGCCGUGGGGGUCCAGGGGCCCGACUGCGUGUACGUGGACCAGGUGAAGGCCACGCUCCUCCAGCUGGAGGGCCUGGACGGGGGCAUCGAGGAGCGGCUGGCCACGCCGCCCGCGCCCUGCCUGUCCUGCGCCGACUGGUUCCUGCCCGCCGGCCGCGACGCCGUGGCCAGCUCGCCCGUGUUCGGCAGGCUGGCGGGCGCGGUCAAGGCGCCCUCGCCCGCGGGGAGGCGGGGCCUGUUCGGGGAGGCGGCGGCCUCUCUGCGCGGGCGGCGGCCCAGCCCCCAGCGCAGCCUGUCGGACAGCGGGAGCGAGGGCCCGGGGGACGGCCGCCGCGACUCGCUGGGCUCCGGGGCGUCGGACGGCAGCGCAGGCAGCGGGGGCCUCUUCAAGAUCCCCAGAAAGAAGCACCCCAACCCUUUCUACCUGGGCACGCUGAAGAAGAGCCUGACUGAGAGGGAGACGGAGGACAUGUACAACACCAUGAAGCUGACCUCGGGGGCGGAGAACACGCUCUUCCACUACGUGUGCAUGGAGACGGUGCAGGGCAUCUUCAUCGCCCCCACGCACAGGGAGGUGUCCCAGCUGAGCGGCUCCAUCCACCCCCAGCUCAUCCGCAACUUCCACCACUGCUGCCUGUCCAUCCGAGCCGCCUUCCAACAGAGCCUGCCGCCCAGGGAGAGGAGAGGCGCGGAUCGGCCUCAGGGGACCAGGGGGCUGGGUCCAGUGAAGGAGCACGGGGUUCUGUUCCAGUGCAAGCCCGAGAACUGGACCGACCAGAAGAAGCCUGCCCCCACCAUGACCUACUGGGUCAUCGGGCGGAUGCUUCUGGAACCGGUCCCUCAGGAAUUCUACGUGUGCUUCCAUGAUUCCGUGGCCGAGGUCCCGGUGGAGAUGGCCUUCAGGCUCUCCUUCGGACUGGCCUUGUGAGGAGGGCACUCCUGAGACCGUAAUGCUACUUAACAGAAGUAUCUCCCACAGCCAUGUCAAGCAGAACUUGCCCUCAAGGUUCCCAGUUUCACUUGAUUGGGCUUGAUGACCCUGUGAAGUCAUUUAUCGACUUGGAAUGAAAUCCACCGAAGCCAUUAACAGAGAGCAACACAGGACCAUGGCCUCUCAAGGUUAAGGUGCUUACCAACCGUAUUUGGCGGAUGCUUUCAUCAGGACGGCAUCUUUUCUUCAUCGGACUGGCUUUGGAUUGGCUCAGAUGUGGGUCUACUUGUUUGCGGUGUUUGUCAACAGAACAGACAAGCUGGGAGGUGUCUCGUCUCGUCAAAACUGGCAUGGCAACCGCCUUAAAUGAAAUUGUUCUGAUUCUAUUUUAUGGAAAAAAGGAAAGUGUUUUAUAUGCUAAUAUUUAAAGAUGUACAGUAUUUUGUGAAAUGUAUAUAUUGUUUGCCUUUUGUAUGACAUUGAAUCAUUUGUAAAAGGCACAUUGUGUCCAGUAUAAAUAAAUGCAGAGGCAGUUUUUUAAAUGUCAUGUUCAUGUACCCUGGGCAGAACAUUCUGCACACCAUGAAAUAACACCGAGACACAAUAUUCUUCAAAGCCAUAUGGUAAACUGUCAGAAUUUCAGGCUACGCCGUCUCCUCUGUUCAUGUCCUAACAUUGGCCAAUGCAUUUGGAGUCCAAAUAUUAAAUAUGAAAUAAACCA